UGUUAACAUAAUAAUAAUAUGUCGUUGACUGUAGGAUAUGAGAAAUGAAUUGAAACGUCUACAUUCUCAUAAUUUAGGUUUUUUGUUAAUGUUUUACGUAUGUUUUAAUUAACGCUUUAAAUAACUUACUGACAUAAUAUCAAUUGCUUAGUUUAUUUUGCUAUAACUUACUUUUAUAUUAUUAUUAUAUUGCCAAAUGAGUUAUAGCUUAUAAUUUUACUGCCUACCAGUCUACCUAAAGUUACAACAUGUCAGACCGCAAAGCAGAAUUAGAGAAAAAGAAGGCUAAACUACAAGCCAUCAGAGAGCAAAAAGAAAGACUUCGCAAAGAAAAAGAAAAAAAAGAUGGAGAUGAAGCAGUUUCUCGUGGUAUUGGUGUUGAGAAAGAUCAAGGUAAAGAAAUUGAUGAAAUGUUAUCAUCUCUUGGAGUUGCACCAGUUUCAGAUGUGCUGUCAAGUUUAACCACUUCGCCUAAUAAAAGUGAAUUAUUGUACAGUUCAAUGUCAACUCCUGAUUCUAGUGCAAAAGGAUCACUGCCUCAAACUCCAGCAACUGGAUACAUGCAUUUCCCUGCUUUUGCCUUUUAUAGAAAUACAUUUACUUUAAGUUAUAUUUAUACAAAAAGUGCAAAAUUGAUGCCUCUUGCAAUUAACUACUUCACGGUGGUGUUUAUGUCGUUUUGCUUGUUUUUGUUCUUUUUUCAAGACGAAUACAACUUAAAUCCUGGCUUGGAGUGGGAAGACGAAUUUACAGUUCUUACGUAUGAUGAUGGCUCUGGUCAAGCGGAAGAUGAAGAUAUCAGCCUUACAAAUUUGUCCACUUUCCAAAGCAAGCUGCCACCAGGGAUUUUAUCUCAAGGGCUUCCUCAAGUGAAGGAAGUUGCACCRGCUAUCACUUCAUUGGAAAGAGAAUUAAUUAUUAAAGAAGAACCUAAGAAAGUUAGAGAAUUAAGUGAUGCAGAAAAAAUGAUGAUUGUUCAUUCAGAAGAUUUUCAACAAUUUAUGGACCGUGCAGGACGUGUCAUGGAACGGGCUUUAUCUGAAAAUGUAGAUAUUUAUACAGAUUAUACUGGUGCUUUAGAUGACAAUGAUGUUAAUGAAGACAAAAGUAGUACCCGAUUAUCAUUGACUCGUGUGUUUUAUGAUGAACAUUGGUCUAAAAAUCGUUUAGUUACUUCUUUAGAUUGGUCUCCACAAUUCCCUGAACUAACUGUAGCAUCUUAUAAUAUUUCUGAUGCACCACAUGAACCUGAUGGUGUUGUUCUUGUGUGGAAUACUAAGUUUAAAAAGAAUUCUCCUGAAUAUGUAUUUCACUGUCAGUCAAGGGUACUUUCAGCCACAUUUGCUAGGUUUCAUCCAAAUUUAAUUUUAGGAAGCACUUAUUCUGGACAAAUAGUUUUGUGGGAUAAUCGAGCACAGAAGAAAACUCCUAUUCAGAGAACACCAUUAUCAAAUACUGCUCAUACUCACCCUGUGUACUGCAUCCAAGUUGUAGGCACACAAAAUGCACAUAAUCUCAUCAGUAUUUCAACUGAU